AGAGGAGCUCUAGGACUGAGCUAAUAAAUCUGCCAACUUCUCUAUAAUCAUAGAAGGAAGAGAGAGGAGUAGCAUGGAACAAAGUGGAGGAGGGCUGGAACUUCCGGGGUUCAGGUUCCAUCCUACAGAGGAGGAGCUUCUGGACUUCUAUCUUAAAAGAGCAGUCCAGGGGAAGAAGCUCCAGGUUGACAUCAUUGGCACUCUCAAUCUCUACCGCCAUGACCCUUGGGAACUACCUGGGCUUGCAAAAAUAGGAGAAAGAGAAUGGUAUUUCUUUGUACCGAGGGAUCGGAAGCAGUCUAAUGGUGGGCGGCCAAAUCGAACGACGGAGCAUGGGUUUUGGAAGGCCACUGGUUCAGAUCGGCCAAUCCGUAGUGCUGCCGACCCAAAGCGGCUUAUUGGCCUCAAGAAAACCCUAGUCUACUAUCACGGUCGAGCUCCACGUGGCUCUAAGACUGACUGGAUCAUGAAUGAGUAUCGCCUCCCCGACCUAACAACCCCUCCCAAGGAGGACAUAGUAUUAUGCAAGGUCUAUCGGAAAGCAACAUCAUUGAAGGAGCUAGAGCAAAAAGCGGCAAUGGCAUCGCCAAAUUCUGGGUUGACAAUGGAGUCAUCAUCGGAUCAGGAGAUCUCGCAAAAAUUGAUGGCUAUGGAUGAUGAUGGAGGUGUCAAAGAAGCUAAGGAAAAUGAGGUGGAGAAAAAGGAAGAGGCUGGGGUGGUGGCCAAGUCGACUUGGUCAGUGAAUCUACCUAAGCUCGAGGUUCCGACAUACAAUGAUUUAGAAUGGAUGCAGGAUUCUUUCUUGACUCAGCUUAGGAGUCCAUGGAUGGUUCCAUUGUCUCCAUUCUAUGGCAGCAUGCUUAAUUUUUGAACUUCUAAAUAUAGAUAUAUGGCAAGAAAUUUUGUACAAUAAAUAUUAUGCAUGGUUUCAAUUUGCUAACUUUUGCCGAUCAAUUUGACUCAUAGUGUGUGUGAGCCAAAGGGAUGGUCUGGCAUGCAAAGGAGGGGAGGUGAAAGGAAGGUUUGACAUUGUUAAUGUUAAAUUUGU